CUUAUCCUCAUUGCAUAAAUGCAAGCUAUGUACCUUCAUGGAACGUAGCAAGGUCUAGCAAUUUUGGUGGCUGCCAUGCAGUCUGUCCUCCAGCUUCGUCCUUCACCCCGUACUUAUCAUCCCCGACGCCCGCAUCGCAAAUCCCGCGCUGGCUGCCUCGUUUGCAAGCAGCGACGGGUCAAGUGCGACGAGGGAAAACCAUCCUGCCACCGAUGCCAGAAACUUGGGUUCGACUGCAGCUAUGAGCCCGAGGCCAAAAACAAAGACAGCGUCAGCCUCUUCCUUGCGAGCCCGCCCGAUUCGAAAGCGUACUGUAUGUCAGUGGACACCGUGACCAAGAAGAUCAACGAGAUACUGCAGUUGGAUUCAAAAAGCGGCCCAUUGCCCGUCGUGCAGGCAUUGCAGCACUUCCACCAUGGCCUAACAAACCCGGCGCUCGGGCCGAAAGGCGCUCAAUCCGCUAUGCAAGCGAAGAUCAUUCAGCUAGGGUUUAAUUCACCCUUUCUACUGCACACUAUCAUCGCAGCAGCCACUUCGCAUAUCCGUCAUCUGGCUUCGGAUGGUCGUGUCUAUACCUUCACGGAAACUUACCACUGGCAGCAGGCCAUUACUCAGUACUCUCGGGAAGUUACCACCAUCGGCCCGAAGAACACGGAUUCUCUUAUCUCUGCAUGUUUGCUGUUGACUAUUCGUUCCUUUUCUUUAGACGAAUACGACCCCCUCAGCUCGUUUGUCUUCUCAGACGAUAUUGCCUCAUUGAGUUGGCUGACACUGCAAGGGGGCUUGCGCCAUCUGAUAAUGGCUACGGCGCAGUGGAAAGCUGGCAGUAUGUGGUGGGAGGUAUUCUUGAAAUCUCAAAAUGAGACGGUAGAUCUCUUUGAGGAUGAGCGUCCUGGCCGGGUGGCUAUUCAUCCGGGGCUAGCUGAUCUGUGUGGGAUUGAUGACACGACCACCGCAAAGACGAACCCGUAUCAUGCACCUGCGCGGAUACUGACAGGACUUCUGUCGCUGGAGCGAGGAAUUGAUGGAAAAGGAUCCACCUGCACUGAUACUACUGAGUUGGUGGUUGGGUUUGAUGUAUGGGACGGACAUGUAUUGGGUGGAGACGCGAGCGAGGUCAGAGAUCACGGCGAUAACAUGGUACUUGGUCUCUGCAUCGCAUUGACGUGCUCUGGUGUCUCAAUCAACCUUUGUCCACUUUGCCCCUCCAACCAUCAGACACCCGUCAAUACCGGAGACUACAAUAAAUACCCCCUAGAACCCACCCUCACCCUCCCAGCAUACACUCCCCACCCCAACACCGAAACCCUAAACGAAAAGACCCUCGCCCUACACCUCCGCGACCCGCCCAUCUCCUCAUCCAGCUACAACAACAAUUCCUACCCCCUCGACGAAAAACACCCUUACACCACCACACCACCCGACGGCAUGACUACAAGCAAUAAUGCCACAGCAGACGACGCCUCCUCGCAAAUUUCCUUCCCUAGCACAACCCACAGCUACGGAAACACCUCCACCGCGACGAGGGAGACGCCGCCUCCGCCGUAUUCGCCGACGUGGAGGGGCCACGCGGAGGGGGAGGUCGAGGGGGUGAUUUCGCCGGUGCCGUCGUUAAGUUUUUCGGGUGAUGGGGAGAGGUCCAGGUCGGUGUCGGUUUCGGGGAGGAGUAGUGGGAGUUGGGGGGAGGGGGGAGUAGUAUUGCGGAUGGGGAUGGGGAUAGGGGGGGUGUAUAUAGCUGGUCAGGGUGGUAGAGGGGAUGGGUAUGGGAGGAGGUGGGGGGACGAGGGGAGUAUUGGGGAGGAGUAUUAUGGGGUUGGGUAUGGCGUUAGGGAUGGGGAUUUGGGGAGGGUGAGUUAUGAGAGUGGGAGGAGCGGUGGUGGGAGGAGGGGGCCGUGGGGUGUAUAG